AUGUUUUCCGUAGGAAGGCUCCGUGUUCUUCACAAAUGUCUCAAGAUAUUGAGGUUAUCUUGUAAAGAUUAUAGUAGCCUCCCAGACUUGAAAAAUUUGAAUGUCGUUAGGACGGUGGAAAAGGUUAUUGAUACGAAUACAAGUAUAUUUAUUGAUAGUCCAAUACACGUCAAAGUUCUUCCUAUAGAUGUCAACGACUUAAAAGCUCACAAUAAGUUAACUAUGACUUUGUAUAGUAAGGGUCAGGAUACUAAUGAUUUCCAAGUUAAACAAACUUCGAAAAGGUUAGAGCUACUUAAUAAAAACAAGACACCAGACCGAAAUGAUGUUUGCCUUGUGCAUGUUCCUUAUAAGCUGAAAGUUCAAGUUUCGACCAGUGAAGAAGCCUCAGUGCAUUUAAGUAAAUUAGAGGCUGAAGAAUUUAUUGUGAAGACACAGAAAGGUACAAUUAACAUUGCAGACUUGAAGGCGGACAAUAUAAAAGUUGAAAGUGCUUCUGGUAAUAUUGAGGCAGAGGGAAGAUUACAAUCUUCAAAUAUUGAAAUGACCUCAGGAUUGAAUGGAUCAAUUAAAUGUAAUAGCAUAAUGGCUAACGCUUUUCAUGUUACAACACAUGCUGGUCCAAUAUCUGUUAACUCAUGUUACAGUGACAGUUCCCACUUCAUAACUCUAAUGGGAAAUAUAAGUUUGAAACACUUGCACAGAACAGUCAAGAUAGAAAUAAUACAAAAAGGAAACCUACAUAUACAAGGAUUUUCUGGAAAUCUUGAAGCUACCCUUAAGAGUGGUGAUGUUUUCAUGCAUGCUACAGAGUUUACUCACAAAAGUAGUAUAUUUAUUCACGAGAAAGGCAAAGUUGAACUAUUAGUACAUGAAAUUGAGAAAAAUUUGCCAAAAACCAAUCUAAUAGCAGACAAAAUAAAAGUUGAUGAAAAAAUAUUGAAGAAAGGAAGAUUUAUGGAUGACUCUCAUCCCAUGAGAUUUAGGUAUGAAAAGGAUCGUAAAAAUGAGCUUCAUAUAGUGUGCAAGAAUGGCUCAAUAGAUCUAAAAGAAACAGACUUACCAUUCAUUGUGUAA